AUGUCGGUCGAAGCCCCCAAAACAGUCGAGGAGACUGCUCCCGUCGAAAGCAAGCCCGUCGAGCAGCUCGAGGCCACACCUGCUGUGCCUAGUGAGACUCCCACUGCUGCAGAGACAUCGAAGCCAGUUACCACCGAGACACCAGCUACAGCUGAUGCCACUACAACACCUGCUGUUGGUGAAGAGACAAAGCCUGUUGAGGAGACACUGAAGAAGGAUGAGGCUGUUGUCGAGGCCGUGCCUGCAUCUGAGGGCACUCUCGGCUACAAGGCCCCAGGUUUCCUCAAGCAAUUCCACUUCUCCAAGCACUUCUUCUGGUUCAGCGAAGAGCCCCUGACUACCGAUGCGCUGAACGUCUACUCUCGCUCUGAGAAGGCCAGUCAUGCACACAAGGCGUGGGCUCGUGAGUCGGGCAAAGGCCUUCUGUUCCACUCCAAGCGAGCUGAAGACAAGGCUCACCCUGCUGGCAUCAUUGCGCUGUAUGACAUCGGCAGCAUUACAAAGGAUGGCAUGCACUUGUUCUCCUUCGAGGAUAGCCACGGCAAGACUCACAAGUUCGAGGCCACCUCUACUACCGAGCGUGACAGCUGGGUUGUUGCGCUUGAGAAGCAGAAGGAAGAAGGAAAGUCUCUCAAGGAAGAGCUUACCGGUCGGGACAGCUACAAAAAGAAUAUUGAAGAUUAUUCUAAACCCGCCAUCACUGCUACCCCAGCAGUAGCUGCGUCCCGCUCCAAGUCCAAGGAUCCCAAAAAGUCUCUGGACGCCAAUACUGCAACGACCGCUGCUACUACAACUCCUGCGGACACUACUGAGCUCAAGAAGGAAACUUCGCCAGAUGCGGCUACGACCACACCUGUUGCACCCGUGGAGGAGAAGAAGGACACUACCAAAUCGCGCUCUCAGUCUCGCAAGCGUGCCUCGGUCUUUGGCUCCUUCUUGAAGAAGGACGAGGCCAAAGAGGAAAAGAAGGCGGCCGAAAAAGCCGAGAAGCACGAGAAGCAAGAGGAGAAGAAGGUCGAGGCUGAGGCCAAGAAGGAGGAGGCCAAGCAAGAACACAGUGUUCCCAAGGCCACGGAAGCCGCAGGUGCGGCCGCCAUUGCUGCUGCUCCGGUCGCAGCUGUCUCCGCCGACAAGAAAGAGGAGAAGACUGAGCCAACCUCUGAGGCUCCUGUGACCGAGCCCACCACCGCUACUCCCACAACUGAGCCGACCGCCACUCCCUCCACAACUGACAAGAAGGCCAAGCGAGGUAGUGUCUUCGGCAGCCUCUUUAACAAGGCAAAGGUCACAAGCCCUACGUCCGAGAAGACCGAGAAGGAGGUUGGCCCGACACCUCCUGCGAAGGAUGAGGUCCUUCCCGUUUCGGACACCGCCCCGAAGGUCGAUGAGCCAAUCGACACGAAGCCCCUCGAUACGGCUGCCAUUACUGCACCAGCCACCACCGACGCUCCGGCAGAGACGCCCAAGGAGACCACCGCCACCCGCCCUGCGGCCACGGAGAAGAAAAGCUUCCUGGGCUUCAUCAAGAAGCCGGAGUCCAAGAAGGAUGAGGUCAAGGAAACCAAGGCCGCGGAUGUCAAGCCCACUGAAUCUACUACUGCCGCCGUCCCUGCUGUCGAUGGUGCAGAUGCCCCCGUCACCACCGAUGCCGCUGCCAAGUCUGACUCAGAGACUCCGGUCGAAGAGAAGAAGACUCCUGCCGACAAGGACCAGCGCCGUUCUUCUCUCUUCGGCGGUCUGGGCACAAUCAAGAACAAGAAGCGGGACGAAACAGAGCCGACGGAGAAUGGCACCGAGAAGAAGCGCGAGAAGUCGCCCCUUCCAAGCAAGAUCGGAGGUCUCUUCCAACCCAAGGAGGAGGUCAAGACUGAGACGUCUGCUCCCGCCGCUACCUCUGAGCCCGCCACCGCUGCCGAGACCAAGACCGAUGUCCCUGCCUCCACCGACGCUCCCGAGUCCAAGAUCAUCGGCGACGUCGUCCCCGAGGCGGUCGUCGCUGCUCCCACUCCUGCUCCCGAAGUCAAGGCUUCCGCAUGA